UCUUCUUCCUGUUAAUUACGAUUUUACCAUCCUUCUUUCUCGUUUUCUCCCCCCUUCAACUCCCUCUUGCUCUAACCGCUGCGUUCUAUAAUCUCUCCCUCUCUCUCCUUUGCAGAGCGAAAAUGGCGAAAUCUUCACGCUUCAAUCAGCAUUUUGCGUUCUCUCUCCUUUUUCUCUCUCUUCUUCGUUGUUCUUCUUCUUCGAGCGCCGACUUGAAGCCUCUUCUGGACUUCAAAUCCACCGCCGAUUCCGCCGGGAAACUUUGGUCGUGGAACUCGACCGCUGAGCUAUGCAAAUGGACCGGAGUUUCCUGCGUCGGGAACCGAGUCACGCGACUCGUCCUCGAGAAUCUAGGACUCAGCGGGUCGUUCGAGCCACUCGCUUCACUCACAGAGCUGCGAGUUCUCAGCCUCAAGGGAAACCGCCUCUCCGGUCCUGUUCCUGACCUCUCCAAGCUUAAAACCCUGAAGCUUCUGUUUCUUUCGCUCAAUGAAUUCUCCGGUGAGUUUCCGGUAUCCGUGACGUCACUCUCUCGCCUAAACCGCCUCGAUAUUUCCUUCAACAACUUCUCCGGCGAGAUUCCACUUACUAUUAACCACUUGACCCACCUCUUGACACUUCGGCUCGAGGGGAACCAGUUCUCGGGUCCGAUACCGGGUCUGGGUCUCUCGGAUCUCCAGGAUUUCAACGUUUCCUCCAACCAUCUGACGGGUCAGAUACCCGAAUCCUUGUCGGGCUUCCCCCAUUCCGCGUUCGCGCAAAAUCCAUCUCUGUGCGGAGCACCGUUACUGAAAUGCCUGGGCAUAUCCGGCGACCCGACCAAACCCGGGUCCGGCGGAGCAAGAGCUUCGCCGUUGAUGAACUCUCAGACCAUACCUUCGUCUCCAACCUCAGUUCACUCCAAGAAAGAAACGAAGAAACCAUCAGAGAGCGACAAGGACAGCACGACGAGAAUCAGCACGCUGGCUCUGGUAGCCAUUAUCAUCGGCGACGCCAUUAUCCUCAGCUUAGUCUCUCUCCUCCUUUACUGCUGCUUCUGGCGACAGUACGCGGCGAACAGGAAGGACUCGAAGGUUCUGGAAGGAGAGAAGAUACUCUACUCAUCGAGUCCAUACACCGCAAGAGGACAGAACAACAACAACCAGCAGCAGCAGGGAGGGUUCGAGAGGGGGAGAAUGGUGUUCUUCGAGGGGACGCGGCGGUUCGAGCUGGAGGACCUCCUCCGAGCCUCGGCGGAGAUGCUGGGAAAAGGAGGGUUCGGGACGGCGUACAAGGCGGUGCUCGAAGACGGAAGCGUGGUGGCGGUGAAGCGGCUGAAAGACGGCGGCGUAGCCGCCGGAAAAAGAGAAUUCGAACAGCAGAUGGAGAUCUUGGGAAGGCUCCGGCAUCAGAAUCUCGUGAGCUUGAAGGCUUAUUACUUCGCUAGUGAAGAGAAGCUCCUCGUCUACGAGUACAUGCCCCAUGGCAGUCUCUUCUGGCUCCUCCACGGGAACCGUGGGCCGGGCCGGACCCCACUGGACUGGGUCACACGCCUGAAGAUCGCAUCUGCGGCGGCGCGUGGCUUAGCCUUCAUCCACGGCUCGUCCAAAUCCAUGAAGCUCACCCACGGUAACAUCAAAUCCACCAACGUCCUCCUCGACAAAUCCGGCAACGCCCGACUCGCCGAUGUCGCCCCCCCCCAGCCCCCUGCCACAACCGCGAAAUCCACCGGCUACCGUGCGCCGGAGCUCGCCGACGGUAGGAAACCCACCCAAAAAUCCGACGUGUACUCGUUCGGCGUCCUUCUUCUCGAGCUCCUCACCGGGAAAUGCCCAAACCUCGUCGACCUGGGUCACGUGACCGGACCCGGGUCGGGCGGAGCGGUUGAUCUACCGAGGUGGGUCCAGUCGGUGGUGAGGGAGGAGUGGACGGCGGAGGUUUUCGAUCUGGAGCUGAUGAGGUACAAAGACAUAGAGGAGGAGAUGGUGGGUCUGCUCCAGAUCGCGAUGGCCUGCACGGCGGCUGCGGCCGAUCAACGGCCAAGGAUGUGCCACGUGGUAAAGAUGAUCGAUGAGAUUCGUGGGUCGGCUGAGGCUUCGCCUAGUCAAGACGGGGUUGACUCGGUGGCCGACUCACCGUGCUUGUCGGAUGACACGAGUGGGGCGACGAGUCAGUAGCGGUAGUCAGAGAGGGAAGAGAGAAGUUUUGCAACAAAAAAAAAAAACACGUGUAGUGUUCUCGUGCCACGCAGAUUUUCGUUUUCGAACCGUUAAUGUCGGAAAUUUCAUAUGGCGAUUAUUGA